UUGUGGCAAGAUUACGUGAGAAAGUGCCAGCGUAGUGAGGAAUUGGACACUUUUCCAGUGCUCACUCUUGGCAGUCGCUCCGAUACAUGACGAUCAAGAUUUGUAGCGCACAAAAACGCAUGCACACGUUCUCUUGGGAAAGAGCAAUUCUUGGCGAUUCUUGUGUUCUGUUCCGAGUGUAUGGGAUCACUUGGCAAGAAAUGCACUAGUUCGCAAACAAGGCGAGCCCGUCGGCGUGUAUCUGUAUGAACUCACUCAUUCUGUCGCAUCGACUCUAAAUCUUGUUGAGCUUUGAGCAAGAAACCGAGAUGCGAGUCUUGUCGGCUUCUGCUCUCCAGCGUGAAAUAGGCUUGCGAUUCUCUUCAAACCACCUCAAGAAUGUCCUGCUCAAUGCCUCUGCUUCUGGGGCUCUCGGUAUCAAGACAUUUGCUUCUGCAGGAGAAGGUAGGAAAGAAGGCGAGUUGGGUUCGAACGAUUUUACUCAGAACAAAUCUAGCAACAAAAAAUUUUCGUCUUUAGUGGAUGAUUCAAAGGGCAAUGUUGGAGGACAGCAAGAUUUCAGGUCACGAGCUGAUCAGCGAUUCUCAGCACGGCGAGAAUGUGCCGCCCACUCUAUGAUUUCCUCUUACACCAAAUCUCAAGACCCGUUAUUGGUUCUUGCGAAAGAGGGCAGAUGGCAAGAGCUAGUUGUGUCGCUUACGGGUUCUCCAGCAGAACGUCAUGUUGGAACCACGAAGGAAUGUUUCGUCUGGUUCGGACGAAGUGGGAAGCAGAGUGCCAGCUUAACUCUCUUCGAGCUUCUGAAAAAUGCAGGCGAGUCGGAGAAAACAUUGACACAUUAUUUGCUAGUUUACACAACAGCCUUUGCAGCGAGUUUUGGGGCAGAGCAGGGCUGGAAGUCAUUCAGGGCAGUGGAGGAUAUGGUAGGAGUGAAGCCAAAUUCAACUCUUUUUGAAGAUCUGAUCAAUUUCUUCUGCAAUCAAGGGCAGGUAUCGCGAGGUCUAGAUAUUCUGGAUGAAAUGCAAAAGCGGGGGUUGACCUUGAGGCCGACUUCUUUCAGUCCACUGAUCAAAAGUUUUUCUGAUCACCUCAUGUUGGAUGAGGCCUUCGAGACCAUAGCAGCCAUGAGAAGGUUGAAAGUUGAGAUAUCACUCGAAAUUUACAAUGUUCUUAUUGGAGCUUGUGUGAAGGCGGGAGAUAUGGAAAAGGCUUAUCGGGUGCUUAGCGACCUGCAGCAGCAAGGUCUCCAACCCAACUCAGAAUCUUUUCACCAGCUCAUUAAAGGAUUUGCCCAACAGAAGCGACUCAAACGUGCAUUAGGAGUUGUGCAAGAAAUGGAUCACUUUGGAUUAAAGCCAGACAAGUACACCUAUUUCGUCCUUCUUCGCGCUUGUGGAUCGAACAAGGACUUCAGUGAAGCUACGAAGCUAUUUAAAGUGAUUGCAGAUCUUGGUCUGGAAUCAGAUGAAACCGUUCUCAGUGCAUUGAUACAAGCACAUGUGGACAAUAACAAGCUUGACCAGGUGCUACAGCUGGUCAAGAAACUCGACAUGAAGGGUACGAUUGUUGGAGUUGAUGGUACGAGUCAAAUCCUUCGGGGACUUGCUCUAGCUGGGCGGCUUGAUGAAGCAAUUAGAACAUACGAGGAGCUUGGUACAAAAGGAAAAUUACCUUCUCCAGAGUCUGUUGCAACUCUGCUGGUUGUCUUGGGCAAGGCGGGAAGAAUGGAUACAAUGCUGAAGAUAUUUGAAGAGGCAUGUAGUCCGGGCUCUUGGAGUGAUUAUCCGGCGACCUAUCGCACCAAUUAUCUCAAUGUCUUCUGUAGUCAUAUAUGUCUGGGAUACUUUAGCCACAAACAAUUAGAAGGAGGUGUCAAGUUCUUGGAACAUAUCACCAAACUCGGGAUGACGAACAACAGAACACUCUACGAUAAGAUAUUUCUUCAAAUCACAAAUUCUAAAGGUGACGGAGAAGAGGAGAAUUCAAUUAAUGCUGGCGAUGGUCUGGCUCUACUGAGAGCCUUAAAGGCUAAGGGUGUCCAGCUUUCUCGUUUAGCACAUGAGACAUUACUUGAUCAUUGCGCGUCUAUGCGUGACUCCGAAAAAGCUUGGGAACUAGUUCACGAGAUGGAGAAGGAAUGUCUUCCACUAAAUAUUAUGACGAGAAUCAGAUUAUUUCGGGUCUUUGUUGCAGCAAGAAAUGAAAGGGAUGCAAAAAAGGUGCUAGAGAAAACACGAAGAGUCGAUUUGCUGGAUCGGGACGUUCGAUUCCUCUUACAGAAGAUAAUGCAGCAUGAGUUUGAAACGAUUGAAGCUGAUUCUUUCAAAGAUAUACCUUCAUUUCAAGCCCUGCUCGCAAUUCAAAAGCAGCUGAAAGUAGCACUCGGUUCAUACUAGCAGACGAAUGUAGCAGAAAAAACUUUGAAUGAAACAAUCGGAAAUUCAACAUUCUUCGAAAUUUAUAUUUUCUGGCUGUCAGA